AUGGGCUCAAUUAUACUAACAGUUUUACCCCAGGCUUUUGACAAUACCGCAACUACUGUUGCAGCAUCUCAAAUGCGUAACUCAUUAAACGCUUUAGCUGAUACUGUCGGUGAUGAAGAACAACAAGAAAGAUUUGAAAAUGAAAUGGAUAACUUUUUCACUUUAUUCAGAAGAUAUUUAACUGAAAAGGCUUCUGGUAACACUUUAGACUGGGAAAAAAUCAGAUCUCCAAAUGCCGACGAAGUUGUUGCUUACUCAAAAUUAGCUGAACCUGUAGAUAGCUCCAGUUUAUCUAAAUUGGCCGUUUUGAAAUUAAAUGGUGGUUUAGGUACUUCUAUGGGUUGUGUUGGUCCAAAAUCUGUCAUUGAAGUUAGAGAUGGUAACACUUUCUUAGAUUUAUCUGUUAGACAAAUUGAACAUUUAAAUAGAAAUUAUGAUGCUGAUGUUCCAUUAUUAUUAAUGAACUCUUUUAACACUGAUGCCGAUACUGCCAAGAUUAUUAAGAAAUAUCAAGGUCACAGAAUUAGAGUUAAAACUUUCAACCAAUCUAGAUUCCCAAGAAUUUAUAAGGAUUCCUUAUUACCGGUUCCUGAAUCUUAUGAUGACUCAUUAGAAGCUUGGUACCCACCAGGUCAUGGUGAUUUAUUCGAAGCUUUAGUUCAAUCUGGUGAAUUAGAUGCUUUAUUAGCGCAAGGUAGAGAAAUCUUAUUCGUCUCUAAUGGUGACAACUUGGGUGCUACUGUUGAUACCAAGAUCUUACAACACAUGAUUGAAACUGGAGCUGAAUAUAUUAUGGAAUUGACUGAUAAGACCAGAGCUGAUGUUAAGGGUGGUACUUUAAUUAACUAUGAAGGUGAAGUUAGAUUAUUAGAAAUCGCCCAAGUUCCAAAAGAACAUGUUGAAGAAUUCAAGAGUAUUAAGAAAUUCAAAUAUUUCAACACCAAUAACUUGUGGAUCAACUUAAGAGCCAUUAAGAAAUUAGUUGAAGCUAAUGCCAUUGAAGCUGAAAUCAUUCCAAAUCAAAAGACCAUCAAGAAUGACAUUAACGUUUUACAAUUAGAAACUGCCGUCGGUGCCGCCAUUAGACAUUUCAAGGGUGCCCAUGGGGUUGUUGUUCCAAGAUCAAGAUUCUUGCCAGUCAAGACAUGUUCUGAUUUAUUAUUAGUCAAGUCUGAUUUAUUCUACUUGGAACAUGGUGCUUUGAAAUUAGAUCCAACCAGAGAUGGUUUCUCUAAUCCAUUGAUUAAAUUAGGUUCUCACUUUAAGAAAGUUAGUGGAUUCCAAUCAAGAAUUUCUCAUAUGCCAAAGAUUUUAGAAUUAGAUCAUUUAACAAUUACUGGUAAUGUUACUUUAGGUAAAGGUGUUCAAUUAAAGGGUACUGUCAUCAUUGUUUGUAAUGAUGGAGAUAAGAUUGAUAUUCCUAACGGAGCUAUCUUGGAAAAUGUCGUGGUUACUGGUAACUUGACUAUCUUAGAACAUUAG